AUGGACCUCAAACCAGCUUCCCAGUACCUCCCCAGCCCCCAGCGCAUCCUGAAAACAAUAGCAAACUCGCUUCCUUUUUGGGGCUUAGACAACCCAGAGAUAAUUUCUGAAAGAUUUUCUUCAUGUCCGAACCCUGAACUAAGCUGUCAGACCAAGUUCGUCAGCCAAGAUACAUGCUGCUUCAACUACCCAGGAGGCCACUUUCUCCAAACCCAAUUCUGGGAUGCCGAUCCAGCUAUUGGUCCAGACGACUCGUGGACAAUACACGGAUUGUGGCCAGACCACUGCGAUGGAGGGUUCGAUCAGUACUGUGAUUCUCACCGGCGGUAUAGCAAUAUAUCGCUGAUCUUGAUCGAUUCAGGCCGCGGAGAUCUACUCGACUAUAUGAGAGAUUACUGGAAAGACUUCCGUGGCGAUGAUGCCACCUUAUGGGAGCACGAGUGGAAUAAGCAUGGGACGUGCAUCAGCACGUUGGAAACAAAGUGCUAUACCGAUUAUGUUCCGCAGGAAGAAGUGGUUGAUUAUUUUGAUAAAGCUGUAGAUUUAUUCAAAGGCUUGCCCUCUUACCAGACUCUAUCCGACGCUGGUAUUGUACCAUCUCAUGAUGAAAGAUACGCGCUGGCAGAAAUUCAAGAUGCCCUUAACAAGGCUCACGGUGCGCAAGUUACUGUGCGAUGCCAUGGAGGAGCCUUGAACGAAAUUUGGUAUCAUUAUCACGUUGCUGGGCGUUUGCAGACUGGAACCUUCGAACCAGCUGAUGCAGUUGGUGGAGGAACAAAUUGUCCACACUCAGGUAUUCGCUAUAUCCCAAAACGCUCAGUGCCUCGCAAACCUCACCCAACGACAACUCAGCUGCCUGGUGAUCCCAAGCCAACAGCUUCCCCAAGUCGGCCACACAAAGGAAAUUUGCGAGUAUACACUAGUGGUAAUCAGCAACAGCGUGGCUGCAUCAUUAGCCAUGGUAAUUGGUUUACCUCGGGCACAUGCGCGACAUUCCGAGCAGAAGAAGCUACCGGUGGUGUCAAUAUUAAAUCCCGCAGAGGUCCCUGCACUUUUCAUAACGACAUCUUUACAUGCGGUCCUCAAGUCCGUAACCCAGCUUUAUUCGAGAUCUCCGAAGAUAAUUUCUUGAGUUACAAUGGAAACACUACUUUCUUCGCCGACAAGGCUCCAAAGGGCCAAACAAAGAGUAAAGAAGAUUCGAUAAAAAACCCUACCAGUUAUUAUCCACUGGUCGAAUACAGACAGCCUACCGCAUCUCCUUACCAAUGUGACGGCGUUACUGUGUCUAUUGGGCGGAGAAACUAUGUUGUCCCCAGGUAUUACCUGCAAAAAUUCGUUGCAGAGGUGAACGGGCAUUCGUAUCUUAUCCUGCCGGAUGUCGACGAGGACAUCGGUCAUACUAUUGUGAACUUCAUGUAUACAGGCACGUACGAAACGUUGAAAGAACCAUCAGACUCGCAAGAGGCAAUGAUAUUCAAAGAAUUUAAGAGGAGUAUUCUUGUCUACAAGACAGCAAGGCUCUACAAAAUGACCGACCUCGAAACUCAGGCUAAGACCUACAUCCAACAUUUUGGCGAAUCUAUAUCGAUUUACAACGUUGUACGGGCAGCAAGUGAGAUAUUUACGAGUCUUCCUGGAGAUGAGUUGUGGUUCCAAAACUAUGUCAUGUCCAGGCUCGAUGAGGCUUUCAUUUCUGAUAACGAGAUCUUUGACAAGGAGGAUUUCCUUCGUGAGAUGGGCGAUGAAGUGGCAUUUGUCAAGGCUAUGAUGCGAAUCACACUGCAAAUCUACUCUUUGGAGCUCUCAUCCCUAAAUCGAGAUGGCAAUGGUAUUGAAGCUGCUGAUGUAUCUAUCGAAGGUGUGCCUGGAACAGAAGUGCCCGUCGAAGAGAAUCAAGAGAAACCUGUAGCCGAAGUGUGUGUCGAAGAAGUAUCUGACGAAGGAUUGCCUGUCGAAGAGGAGGUUUCUGAGGUAGCACCUCUCAAGGAUUAUCCUGUGCAGGAAAUAAGCGUGGAUGGAACUCACUAG